AUGGCCUUAAACGACGGGGCCGCGCGGCCCGGUCCGCGGGGCGAGGACGAUGACACUUUUCCCCAGUUUCCAAGAACCACUAGCGGUCCCCCCAGCAUAAUAUCCUCGCGAAUGACAGACGUCGGGUCUGACGAUGGGAGAGAUGGCAAUGCGCAGAACAACAGCACGACAAGUGCCAGGAGGAGCGCUUUACCUUCCGAAACCGUUUCUCGACCCGGAUCCGCCAGAACAGGCAUCUCCUCAAGCAGGGGUCCAGGAGGGGUGUUGUCCCACAUCCAACCAUUAAAGAGAGGCCUGUCGGCCUCGAAGCGAGGGACCGGUGUCGCGAGCAGCGGCGACACGGUUUCUGGGCGACCCGCCAGCCCUACUACAAGCAGGAGUCAUGUGCCCUCUCUCACCUCUCACGCCUUCUUUCACCCGAUGAGCUCGCAGAAGUUGCAGGCGCAGCGAGGAGGUGUGCGGCCGCCUACUAUUAUAGGUCGUAAGAAGGGAGCCACAGAGGAUUCAGGAGUGGAAGCGAGCGGUGGUGCCACGCGACAGAGCGUCAUAUCCAUCCAAGGUCUGGCGCGGCAGCUUGACGACGUCGAGGACCUGCGUCCUCCCUCGCACGGAACCGAGGUAACCGAACAGAAUACUCUGGAUCGCAUCGCAAAGACCAAUCCGACUCGGAGCCACUAUCCCACAGCUAGUCUGUCCGAAAGUGUCCGACCCCUUCAGAAGAAGACUGUUGAGAGCAGAGGUCUGAGUCUCAAUAUAGACAAGAGCUAUAAAAACUCAGGCAGGUUGCCCAGUCCUAUCAAGUCACCCCGCUCUUUCAGGUCAAGUUUUCUUCCUAGCAAGAGCAACCGGGGCAGCAAGCCCGGCCGCGAGAAAUUGGAGUCGGCUGCAUCAUCGCCUCGACUCACUCCAACCAAUUCUGCUGCUCCACAGACCGAGACCAAGACGAAGCUUACGAAACCUGACCGACAUAGUCUUGGCAAUAACUUUGAGUACUUCGAAGGAAACACUGCCUUCUGCCUAGGCGGCAGGCUGCAGAACGCCAGACACCGUCCAGUCAACAUUGCUACGGGCUUCGUUGUUGUUCUUCCCGCGGUGCUAUUCUUCGUCUUUGUAGCACCUUGGCUCUGGCACAACAUCUCGCCAGCGAUUCCGGUCAUUUUCGCGUACUUGUUUUAUAUAUGUCUGUCAUCAUUCCUCCACGCCUCUGGAUCUGAUCCUGGAAUCUUGCCCCGAAGUCUUCACAAGAACCCUCAACCUGAUGAGAACGAGGACCCCCUUCGGUUGGCGCCACCUAAUACAGAGUGGACCCUCGUCAAGUCGGCAGGGUCUUCGGCGGCAGCCAUGGAAGUGCCGACAAAGUACUGCAGAACAUGCCACAUCUGGCGGCCUCCGCGAGCUCACCACUGUCGUCUGUGUGACAACUGCAUCGAGACAGCCGACCACCAUUGUGUUUGGAUAAACAAUUGCGUCGGCCGCCGGAACUACCGCUAUUUCUUCACCUUUCUCGUCUCAGCGGCACUUGGUUCCGCUUACCUCCUCGGCGCGUCUUUAGCCCAGAUACUGGUCUCCAUGGACAGGGAAGGCGUAUCAUUUGGCCGUGCCAUCAAUGAUUUCCCCAUCGCUUUCGCCAUGGUCAUUUACGGAUUUCUCGGGUUCCUUUACCCUGCAGCCCUCACAGGGUAUCACGUCUUCUUGAUGUCCCGAGGCGAGACGACCAGAGAGUAUUUGGCCUCUCGCAAGUUCUCUAAAAAGGAUCGAUACCGGGCUUUUACCCAGGGAAACUGGGUGAGCAAUUGGAUUGCAGUCUUGUGCAGGCCCAGGCCGCCGACCUACUAUCAUUUCAAGAAGAAGUAUGUGCAUGGAGAUCAGCGUCUCGGUAUCGGACGAGGUCGACUCGGGGCAGACUCCAACGACGAUCAGCAGGGAAUGGAAAUGCAACAUGUCACUCCGGCGCAAUGA